AUGGUGGGGAUAGCUGAACGCAAUAAAGAAAAAGAUUUCCUCAAGAAGAUAAAUGCUUGUGUUUGGGAUAAAGAAUUAGAGCCACAAGAGUUUGUUGAUAAGUGGAAUGAAGUCAUACAAGAAUUCAAUCUACAGCAAAAUAAGUGGCUUAAUGACAUAUUCAACAUAAAGGAGUCUUGGAUCCCAGCAUAUUUCAAAGAGAAACCAAUGGCUGGCUUAAUCAGCACAACACAAAGAUCAGAGAGCCAGAAUAGUUUUUUUGGUAAUUUCAAUAGUCCAUGUGCUACAUUGGUUGAGUUCUGGUUGCGUUUCCAAACGGCUGUACAACAACAAAGACAUGCUCAAAGCAGUUUGAACAAAGAUAACGACACUUCCUACCCUCAACUUAUCACCCCUUGGCCGAUCGAAGCAAGCGUCUCUAAAGUAUACACCCAUGUAAUCUUUUACCUAUUUCAAGAAGAAGUUAGUGCAGCAUGUUUCACAUGUGGUCAUGCAAGGUCUGAAAUUAGGGAUGGAAUGGAAUACAUUACUGUCACUGAAGAUAGAAAGAAGAAGAAUUAUGAGGUCACUUUAGAUCCAAUGACUUUUGAUGCCAUAUGUUCAUGUUCACUAUUCGAGAGGGUUGGAUUGAUAUGUAGGCAUGUUCUUUGGGUUUACAAGGCCAAACAUUUGAAUAAGUUGCCCGAUAAAUAUAUCCUCACUCGAUGGACGAAGGAAGCACACAAAAGUCAUAUUCAUGAGUUUGAUGAAAAUUUUCCUAAAGAUUGUGGAAAGGUAGAAAUGAAGCAGAUAAAAUUAGGUGAAUUGUGGAAUGAAAUAUAUACAACCAUUGGUCUCGUUGAAGAAAGGGAUGAGGAUAUUGAUGCUCUAAUUGAAAAUCUAAGAGGCUUCAAGAAAUCCAUUAAAUCGGGUGAGGAUAAAUACGUCAAUGACAAAAGACCAAGUCAUUCAAGAAUUGAUAGGAUGUAG